AUGAAAAUAAUAUUUGAAGUAGAAAAAUAUAUGAGCUACCAUCCUGAUGUAAUAAUAAUUGAUCCUCUGUAUAAUGUGAGACAAUUACUUAAUAGAUAUAAAUCUUAUUCAUUAAUUCAUAAAAAUGCAGUUUUGUUAGAUAGUGAAGUAUUCACUCCAUCAUUUGUUGAAAUAACAUCAAACAAUGCAGAAGAAAAUUUGAAUAUAUUGAAAAAAGCUGGAGUUAAAUUUCCAUUUGUUUGUAAACCUUCAAUUAAUCAUGGCUCCAGUGAAGCUCACAAAAUGUCAAUUGUGUUUAAUGAAAAAGGAAUAAGAGACUGUAAGCCAAUAUCAGUAGCUCAAACAUUUAUAAAUCAUAAUGCUGUUCUCUAUAAAAUAUUUUGUGUUGGAGAAGAGUAUCAUGUUGUAGAAAGACCCAGUUUAAAAAAUUUUUAUUCUAAUGGUAUUGAUGUUUCUAAAUCGGAUUCAACUUCCAGUUUAACGGUAUUAGACGAAGAUGAUCCUCCGCCAAAAUUAAAUGUUUUAGAUGUUAAAAGAUUAGAUAAAAUAGUUAAAGCUGUAAGAAAAGAAAUUGGUUUGGCUCUUAUGGGAAUUGAUAUAGUUGUAGAAAAUCAUACAAAUAGAUAUGCUAUUAUUGACAUUAAUGCAUUUCCUGGUUAG